UUUGUUUGUGGCACCAUGAUUGGUGGAGCUCUCAUUGACUAUAUGAAUCAUUUUUUACUUUUGGGUGUGUCAAUGUUGGCUACUACAGUUGGCUUUUAUUUCAUUCCUUUCUGCAAGAAGGCAGUCUUACUGGUUGUCAUGAUGUCUGUCUUUGGUGCUUCGGUUGGUGCUGUGGAUACAGGUGGGAACGUCCUCAUCUUAGCUCUUUGGGGAGACAAAGGAGCCCCACACAUGCAGGCCUUGCACUUCAGCUUCGCCUUGGGUGCCUUCCUGGCUCCCCUGCUGGCUAAGUUGGCCUGGGGUACAACAGCGUCCACUCAGAACCACACAGAGCCCGACUUUGACCCUCUAAUGCUGAACCGAUCCUCUGAAGCCAGCCCAGAUGCUCUGUUUGCGGUACCUGAUGACAUGAAUCUGCUGUGGACGUACGCUUCCAUUGGCACCUAUGCGCUAGUAGUUUCUGUCUUUCUCUUUGGUCUGUUUUGUAAGAAACUCUCAAGGCAGAAAAAAUCCACAGAAUCUAGUCAGAGAGUUCGAAGAGCUAAAUAUCAUUGGGCCUUGCUCUGCCUCCUCUUCAUCUUCUUCUUCUUUUAUGUUGGAGCCGAGAUAACAUUUGGUUCUUACAUAUUCUCCUUCGCCACCACCCAUGUUGGCAUGAAAGAAACUGAAGCAGCGGGCUUGAACUCUGUCUUCUGGGGGGCCUUCUCAGCCUGCAGGGGCCUGGCCAUCUUCUUUGCCACAUUCUUACAGCCUGGAACCAUGAUUGUGUUGAGCAACGUUGGCAGCCUUGUUUCAUCUUUGUUUCUGGUGCUUUUUGACAAGAGCCCUCUCUGCCUCUGGAUCGCGACUUCUGUGUAUGGAGCCUCGAUGGCAACCACAUUUCCCAGUGGCAUUUCCUGGAUCGAGCAGUACACCACCUUAACUGGGAAGUCUGCAGCAUUCUUUGUAGUUGGUGCUUCUCUGGGGGAAAUGGCUUUUCCUGCAGUCAUCGGAAUCAUUGAGAGACACUACCCAGGACUGCCGGUGGUUCUGUACGUCUGUUUUGCAUCAGCCAUCUUCACGGGAGUUCUUUUUCCCGUGAUGUAUAAAUUAGCCACCUUACCCCUGCGUCACCAGGCAAAAGAAAGAAAGAGUGAGGACUGAAGAGCUUCGCUUUCCAGCUCUAGGCUCAAUGACUGUGAGGCAGAAAAGAAAUGGAAAGAGGCAGAAAAAUGGAAUGGAACACAUUCUGAGGCAGUUGUUCUGAGAUCUUUCCGUGUGCUGAGUACUGCAGACUUAGGACCUUCCACUCUUAUCCUUGGAGUACGAUGUAGCAUUGUGGUGUUAGGAUUUGAGACACGAUGGGAAUCUAGUAGACGUGUCCUGGCCAAAUCCAAACCUUUUGGUAUGGAACACGAAGCUCUCCACAGUGUAGACCUAGCCUACCUUUUCCACAUCAUCUUCCAGUCUCUUUCAUGUCUUAUUUUGGCACAUCAAAGUUCGCUCAAACUUUCCAGAUUUGCCAAAUACGCGCCCUGCGAUCCGGAGGGCGGUGCCCUGGAGCCGCACCUGCCGGGUGGGAAGGCUCUGCUCUGGCAGCACGCUCCCUCGGGCUGGUCCCGGGGUUGUCACCCCGGAAGACUCUGGGGCUCGUGGGCGGGGCCGGGCACAGCCCUGCACGCCCGAGGCUGUGGUGCACGGAGCUCGGCAGGUAGAGAACGUCGUGGAGCCGCCACGCUGGAGUUGGAGCUGGAGUUCCGUGAGGCCGGAGGGCAGCGGCUCCUCCGGGCCGAUCCGGGGCCAGAGAAGGAGUCCGAAGCUGUGGUCUCCAGGCGGAAAAGCCGUGCCGAGAACGUGCUGCGCUGGUUCACCACCGUGGUGCUAUGUGCCGCCUUCCUGGGGCUGGUGAGAGCUGGGUUUGAAACCCUCUCUGGCCAAGGCUGGAGCAAGCGUCCUGCAGGGAACGUGUCUCCUCAGUGCCCGGUGCCUUGCGUGACCUUUGGGUGCCUUGGUUAA